AUGUCGCCUGGAGGGAAGGCCAGGGUUGCCAACUACGGGCUGAUGGAUCAGGUGGCAGCCCUGCAUUGGCUCCAGCAGAACAUCGCGCUCUUCGGAGGAGACCCAGACAACGUGACCAUGGUAGGCCACGGUACUGGAGCUGCCUGCAUCAACUUCCUCAUGAUCUCUCCGACUGUAAUGCCUGGACUGUUCCAUCGCGCAAUCCUCCUCUCUGGCUCAGCUCUAAGUUCUUGGGCUUUGGUCGAGGAUCCGGUUGAGUACGCAGUCAAAUUGGCGCGGCACGUCAACUGCACAGUGCCUGAGGACAUGUACCGAGACUAUGAAACCAUCGUAGACUGCUUGAGAGAAGUUCCCUUAAACGAUCUUAUGACGGCGGAAAUCCCUGCACCUGCAUUCCUCUCGGCGUUUGGUCCUUCGGUAGACGGAGUCGUUAUCAAGUCUGACUUCCACGAAGAACUUUGGAACAGCCUCCUACCAGAGAUGUCUUUCAGCCCUCAGGCUGUUAAGAGGUCUGGCGACUCAAUCGCUGGUUCUAUCAAGUACGAUCUCUUGUUCGGUGUCGUCACUAGCGAGUCCUUAUGGAAGUUCUCAUCUAACGAUAUCCAGGCCGGAUUCGAGGGUGAACGAAGGGACAAGAUCUUGAGGACCUACGUGAGGAAUGCCUAUACCUACCAUCUGUCAGAGAUCUUCUUCACCGUUGUCAACGAGUACACAGAUUGGGAGAGAACAGUCCUACAUCCCAUCAAUACCAGGGACGCAACUGUCGCGGCGUUGAGCGAUGCACAAUUCGUGGCUCCAGUCGUCGCUACGGGGGACCUUUUGAGCAAACCGAUCCACUCAUCUAGCCCUAAAACGCACAGAUCCUUCUUCUACGUGUUCGACUAUCAGACAAAAGAUGGCGAUUACCCACAGCAGAGAUGGACUAGCACCGAUAUUGUUCAACCUAGAGCUGGAGAAGUUGAUAAGAACAUCACAAGAAAGUAG